AUGUCGGCAGAUAUUCAGCCAGAUAUUGGGAGACAGCCUGCUUUUGUUGGAAUAAUGUUAACAUUGUGCGUCAUAGCUGUGUUGCUCAACUUGUUGGUGAUCCUUGCAGUUGUUAAGUUUGGUCGAGGCCGUUCGUCCAUCGACAUAUUUGUCUCAAACUUGGCUGUAAGUGACAUCCUACAUGCGGGCAUUGUCACGCCAAUUUACUUCAAAAACGUGACCGUGUAUCACAAAAAUUUCUACGGAGGCGGAUUUGUUUGUAAACUGACCAUGUUCAUCCCGUUGCUAAGCAUACUUGGAGGGACUUUAACCAUGGUUGCCAUCUCUCUUGACAGAUAUAGAAUGUAUGUUACCAAGAAACAACCUAUCACUCGACGCCAAGCCCUUUUUGUUGUUGCGCUCAUUUGGAUAACCGCGUUCUUAAUCUCGUCACCCCACUUUUACGAAUAUAAUGUUUAUGAAGACGCAGAUGAGAAAAAUCAGAAUCACACGUAUACGGCAUGUGGAUCUGAAGGCAUUGCAGAAAAUUUUGAGACAAUCUACGCAUCUUGUGUCGUGACCUUGGCAUUUCUCGUUCCGGUCCUCGUUUUAGCCAUCUGCUACACAAAAGUCAUGAUUCACGUGCGGAAACAUAGCAGACGACUUCGAUGUACUCAGAGUAUUCCGACUAAUGCCUCAUGUUCUACUGAAAGCAUUACCACGACAAAUAGGAUGGUGUCCGCGGAGAAAAUUCGCAAGCUGAAUAUGCUGAUACUGAUUUCAACAACAUUUAUCGCCCUUUGGACACCAUACUUCAUCAUGUUCGCAUUAACGGAGAUUACCGGUACAGACGAUACUGCUCACUUUUUGGAGUGGCCUCAUGUGGUAAACCGGACAAUGACUGUACUGAGUACAAUCUCAAAUCCACUGAUAUACCUGGUGUACAGCAAAACAUGUAGACAGACUAUUCUUGACAUCUUAACAUGCACUUCAAUCCGUGAGCCUCAGGUGGAAGGAACAGUAGGUGAACCAAGUCACAAGGUGGGCCCGGCGAAUGAGAACUGGAAUGCAAGUGAAUAUGGAAGGACAGAUGUAAUAAAAGUCAAUAUUUAAAAUGCGACGUAGUAUUUGUCGACUUCUCGAGGUUUGAUUGUGAACCGUUUCACACAUAGUUGAUAAUGAGUUAUGGCGUUGACAGUUUCAUUAGUGUUGUUGUUCUUGCUGCUGUUGUAUUUAUUUUACCUAAGUUAUCAAUAACACCAGAUUUGAUGCAGCUUGUAUUAUUUAUUGAAUGCUUCUUUUGUUUCAUCCAAAUAAAUUACCAUUCCAAUUUUAGAAACUUCUAGAGAGGCAAAAUGAAAAGCAAUGUUUUGAGUCAUAUCUUGAUUGAAGUUUUUUCUUAGCACUGCUCAUUUAGGCCCCGCAUCAAGACAGUUAAUUAAAAAACAUUGAAAUUGACAAAGAACGGUUUUAAAUGAUGAAAUGGUCACGUCGUUUAAAGAAUUUGAAUGCGAUAUUUUUGACGCUCAUUGUUUUGUAUCUAGAGAUUAAUAACUUGGUUGCUGACCUCAGGUCAUUAAAAGAAGCAAUCUUGGAACUCAUUCAUUAUCCCCUUUGUUCACCACGUUUAGUUUUGCCAGACAUUCAUGUAUUCCCUUAGUGGCUAAAAAUCAUUUAUUUAAUAUCGAUGUUUGGAAAAAUAAUGACGAUACGCAUAUUUGACUCUGUGGAAAGGUUUUUUUCUUAUUAAAAAGGAAUGUAACAUUGCAGCCCUUCAACAAUGAUUAUAUAAAGUAUGUAAACCACGUUAAAAGAUAUUUUCAAAUAUAAUACAAAAUGAUUCAAAGUUUAUUUCAAUCAGAACCAUUAGGCUUAAAAGCCCAUGAGGCAUACACAUACAAAACUUUAUUACGAACAGUUUAUACAUUUAACAAUAAUUUCAUUAUAACAAUAUAUCAUGCAAAUAU